UUGCCUUGUGUUAGUUGAAAAGUUUACAGUAGGAAAACUGAGGACCUGUUCGUUAACUUCUACUUCGGCAGAAGUCAUUUUGGUACCAUAUUGACAAUUAUUAAUCAACAGAUGAUUCCCCGGGGCAAAGACUUUUUAGUGCGGAUAUCCUUUUACUGGAAGCCUUUUUUCAAAGGAAGGUUUCUGCUUGUGACCAACACGCUAAGUGGUGGGGUUAUGCUUUCAUUUGGAGACAUCAUUCAGCAGAGCCGAGAAAUGCGAAAGUCACCUGGCAAAACUCGAGACUGGCACCGAACAGCACGGAUGGCUAUCGUUGGGAGUUCGAUGGGACCCUUUCUUCAUUACUGGUAUUUAUGGCUUGACAAGAUAUAUGUCGGGAAAGCUGUUAAGACUGUCGCAAAGAAGGUUUUGGUUGACCAGCUAGUUGCAUCACCAAUUCUUGGGGCAUGGUACUUCUUAGGCAUGAGUGCUCUGGAGGGACACGGGAUGAUGAAAGGCUGCACAGAAUUCGCUGAGAAGUUCUGGGAGUUCUAUAAGGCUGACUGGUGCGUCUGGCCUGCCGCACAGAUGAUCAACUUCUAUUUCCUGCCCUCGCGGUUUCGUGUUGUUUAUGUGAACACCGUUACUCUGGGGUGGGAUACCUAUCUGUCUUAUCUGAAGCACAGAACGACGGGACACGGAGACGAGAUGUUGAUGGUGGAGCCGUCAGCAGAGACGAGUCUGGAGGCAGAGACGCCACUGCUCGCCGAGAAACUCAGUCUGGAGGCAGAGACGCCACUGCUCGCCGAGAAACUCAGUCUGGGGGCAGAGACGCCACUGCUCGCGGAGAAACUCAGUCUGGGGGCAGAGACGCCACCACUCACGGAGAAACUCUAGAACUGGAACACUGAUCACAGAGUUCUCUAGAGCCGGAACUGCACUGUCGGAACACAUAGCAGACCUGAGCAGAGCUAUGCCAGGGCUGCACCGUAGUGGGUGGGAUGCUCUACACUGCCACCUGCUGUUCGAUGGGUUUCUCAAAGACCUCAGGGGCUCCUCUCAUCUCUCUGCUUAUAAUAAUCAUGUCUGCUUUGCAGCAUAUGCCCCACAUCUGAAUUGCUCCAAAUGAUAUUGUGGAUUGAGGAUUGUUGAUUGGAUGAACUUUGUAAAAUUGCUACAGUUCUGUUCUGUAGGACACCUUGUGCAUUCUUUUUUGGGGCUGUAUGGGAUAAGUGUGAAUGUAUAAGUAUAAGUAUACUCUUUUGAUCCCGUGAGGGAAACUGGU